CUUAACUUGCUCUCAGGUUCCUGAUUCAAAGAGUGUCACGGGUACCUUUUCCAGUUUCAAUGAUGAAGAAAUUCCCGAAGCAAAGGAUGUCGUGAAAGUUGAUGUAGUGGGAGGGUUUGCCUUGCAAAAGUGUACAUCUGAAAGAAGUUACUUUCGUUCCUAGGAAUUUUAGAUUAUUGGAAGAGCUUGAGCGAGGGGAGAAGGGAAUUGGAGAUGGGACUGUUAGCUAUGGAAUGGAUGAUGCUGAUGACAUAUUCAUGCAGUCAUGGACUGGUACUAUUAUUGGCCCCCUGGUACUGUUCAUGAAGGUCGUAUCUACCAGUUGAAGUUAUUCUGCGGCAAGGAUUAUCCAGACAAUCCACCAUCUGUUAGAUUUCAGACAAGGAUUAACAUGACUUGCGUCAAUCAAGAAUCUGGAGCGGUUGAGCCAAAUUUGUUUCCCAUGCUUGCUAAAUGGAAAAGAGAGUCUACAAUGGAAGAUAUUUUACUGCAAUUGAAGAAAGAAAUGACGACUCCACAAAAUCGGAAGCUAGCUCAGCCUCCUGAAGUAUAAAAGUCUCUUAGAACCUGAAUGUUUAUCAUCAUUGACACUUUCGACGCUUUCCGAACUGCCCAACAAGUGGUAUCAGAGUCAUGGUUAGACUCGUCAAAAUCACGAAAACAAUUGCUUCUCUAGGGCGUGGUAUUUUGGCCAUGGAUGAAUUCAAUGCUACAUGCGGAAAGCGGUUGGAUUCAAUUGGACUAGAGAACACCGAAGCUAACCGUCAAGCAUGGCGUAAAAUUAUAUAUGAAGAAAGUGUUAUGACUUUGUUAAAAUAUAAUUUUUAUG